GGAUAUAAGAAAUACUAGCAGGUCUACCUCCCGUCUACGACAACCUGUAGUUUUGUUAGUGCCAUGGACGGCCGUUUAGAGACUGAUCUGUAUCCUCUGGGAUCCAGUUACGUCACUGAAAUAGACAGUGUCCAUGAUAUAACGGUUGGCACAAAGAGAGGAUCUGACGAACUCUUUUCCUCCUGCAUAUCUAACGGACCUUAUAUAAUGAGCUCUGGAGCAGCAAAUGGUAAUGACAGCAAGAAGUUCAAAGGGGACAUCAGGAGCCCAGGCAUUCCUUCACGAGUCAUUCAUGUACGCAAACUGCCAAAUGACAUAAAUGAAGCAGAAGUUAUUUCUUUGGGUCUUCCUUUUGGCAAAGUGACCAAUCUUCUGAUGCUGAAAGGAAAGAACCAGGCCUUCCUGGAGAUGAACACUGAGGAGUCAGCACAGACCAUGGUCAGCUACUACUCCUCUGUCACCCCUGUCAUCCGCAACCACCCGAUCUAUAUGCAGUAUUCCAAUCACAAGGAGCUAAAGACUGACAACUCACCCAACCAAGUUAGAGCACAGGCAGCACUGCAGGCGGUGAAUGCGGUCCAGACAGGAAGCAUGCCUUUGAGCACUGUUGAUGGAGCAGGCAUGGGCAGCCAAAGCCCUGUACUGAGAGUCAUUGUUGAAAACCUCUUCUACCCAGUUACUCUUGACGUUCUUCACCAGGUGCUAACUCUCCUUCAAACUAGUGGUUCAACGGAUCACAAAUCUCACGGUUCGGAUCACAUUACAGUUUUUGACCCACGGAUCGGAUUUAUCAUUUGUUCGUCCCUCUCAGCUGCUCCUGGUAUUAUCUCUGCAUCACCAUAUGCUGGGGCUCAUGGUUUCCCACCAACAUUUGCCAUUCAGCAGGCAGCAGGUCUGUCUCUGCAGGGUAUGCCUGCCGGGGCUCUUGCAUCGCUUGGUGUCCACGGUGCCGCCGCGGCUGCUGCUGCAGCAGGACGCCUGAGUCUUUCUGGUCUCGCUGCUGGAGGAAACAGUGUCCUGCUGGUCAGCAACCUUAACCCUGAGAGCGUUACGCCCCAAUGCCUCUUUAUUCUUUUCGGCGUGUAUGGUGACGUCAUGAGAGUGAAGAUCCUAUUCAACAAGAAAGAGAAUGCUUUGGUGCAGAUGUCUGAUGGAACCCAAGCCCAGCUAGCCAUGAGCCACUUGAAUGGGCAGAAACUGUAUGGUAAGGCUUUGCGGGCCACUCUCUCCAAACACACCACUGUGCAGCUGCCACGUGAAGGCCAUGAGGAUCAGGGGCUCACCAAGGACUACAGCAACUCUCCUCUUCACCGCUUCAAAAAGCCAGGCUCCAAGAACUACUCCAACAUCUUCCCUCCUUCCUCUACUCUCCAUCUUUCCAAUAUACCACCUUGUGUCACCGAGGAUCAUCUCAGAGACUUGUUUCUAAGUUCAGGAGCUGUGGUUAAGGCCUUCAAGUUUUUCCAGAAAGACCGAAAAAUGGCUCUUAUCCAGUUGGGCUCUGUGGAGGAAGCAAUCGAGUCUCUGAUCAAAUUUCACAAUCACGACCUGGGAGAGAACCAUCACCUCAGAGUGUCUUUCUCCAAGUCCACCAUCUGAUGGAGGCUUUUGUUUUAGAGAAGGUGAAAGGACUGUCACUUUAAACCAAACUUUAAGCCUUCCACAAUUUAUAUCACUGUGGACAAAUGUAUUCCACAACACACACUUCAUCAUUCCUUUAUUAUAUCUAUAUUCAAAUAUGUAUGUCUAUUUGUAAUUCCACUUUGAACCCAACAUGACUUGGGUUUUGAUAGUACCUUUUCUCACACGGUUUGUCUCAUGAUUUAGUUGAUCAUUGGCACACAUCGGUUUUGGAUCAUAGAUGCUGCAUAGUUUACACUUGUGCCUCUGCGGAAAGCCGCGCCCUUUCAGGUUGCACACGCAAAGCCUUGUUUUGUUUGUUGAACCUAUAAUUAACUUUUUCGAAGAUAUUUCUUAUUUGCCUUUCCAAAAAAAGUCACUGUGCCUUACAUGGUGCUUAAAGUAUAUCAUCUUAAUGGCCUUAGUAAUGUCUUGAUGUUUUUGGCUUCUUUGCAGGAACCAUUAACCUCAUACAUACAAAAAAAGACUGCCUGAUUUUCCCAGGUGGUCUCGGUUUAAAUUUGACUAGUGAAAGAGCAGGAUUGUUUUCCUGUGAAAGGCAGCAACUAGUUCAGAGUUCCUUACAGGCUUUGGUUUUGUACCUGACUGUCACAGCUUAUUUUGCGCAUAGUUAUUCUAUAUAUGUGGUUCCUACUCCUUAUUUACCAUUUUCUAAGAUAUUCUAUAUUCUUUAGUUUCCAUAUUAUUUUAAGUCUCACACAUUUGUAUACUGUAUCAUCUUUUUGGGCAUUGGCCCGCUGCGCUCUCUGGGUCUAGACCAGGGAUCCUCAAAUCUGGCCCACGAGAUCCACUUUCCUGCAGAGUUUAGCUCUAACCCUAA